AUGAGCGAUAACAAUCUCCCAGCCCUGCGAUGGGGGAUCCUAGGCGCUGGCCUAAUUUCUUCGUGGUUUGUCUCUGAUCUUUGCCUUGAGCGUGCGGAGGCGACAACAAAGCAUAUCAUCCAGGCCAUAGGCUCUUCGUCAAAGGAGAAGGGCUCGGCAUUCGCGACCAAAAACUGCCCAUCGCAUGCACCAAAUAUAUAUGACAACUAUGAUGGAGUAUACAGCGACCCCAACGUGGAUAUCGUCUACAUUGGAACACCACAUACUUUGCACUGCGAGAAUGCUUUGGCCGCGAUAAAAGCAGGAAAACAUGUGUUGUGUGAGAAGCCUCUGGCUAUCAACAGCAGAGACUCCCAGAAAAUGAUUGAUGCUGCAAGGGAGAAGGGUGUAUUCUUCAUGGAAGCUGUCUGGACACGGUUCUUCCCAAUUGCCAAGAAGCUCCACGCCCUCCUUCACGAGGAAAAGAUUAUUGGCGAUAUCGCUAGUGUUCAAGUCGAUUUUGGGCUGUACAUGCCUAUCGGGGAGAAGGACGCAAACCACAGGGCAGCCUCCCGAGCACUCGGGGCUGGGGCUUUGCUUGAUAUUGGCAUCUAUUCCCUUACGUGGGCCUCGAUUGUUCUCGACGCCGCACCAAAGAGAAAUCGCGACAUCGAGCCUGGACUAUCUGCAAGCAUGCUCUUCUACAGCGAGACAGACCCAGAGAAAAAAGUUGACGAGGAAGUUGCCGUGGUUCUGCGGUACCCGGAACUAAAGGCCCAGGCGGUAUGCACAGCUUCAUUGCUGUAUAAGAAAGGAGAAGAAUUCGGUCAAGUAUAUGGCUCCAAGGGAUCUGUCUCAAUUGGCGGAGUCAGCGCGUCAAAGCCUGGCUUCUUGGUUCUACGCGUCAAGGACGCAGAGGAGAAGCGGAUAGAUUUUGAAGUUCCGGGAAUUGGUUUUCACUAUGAAGCAGAUGCCGUUGCCGAAGAUAUCAGGUCGGGUCGCACACAAAGCAGUGUGUGCUCUUGGGAUGACACACUGACUAUCAUGAAGAGAAUGGAUGCCGCACGCGCCAUCUGUGGCCUGGUGUACCCGCAAGACGAGGAAUAG